CUAAUAAAUUCAAGCAGAAUGCUAUAAGGGUUACGGGUUUUAAAGAAGGAAAACUACUUGUGAGAUAUCUAGGGUUGCCUAUGAAUUCUGACAAGUUGUCUAGUUGUAAAUUUGAAGUAUUGAUGGAUAAGUAGACUAGUUGAAUUCAUUCAUGGCGAGCAAAUAAACUCUCUUGUGUAGGCCGGAUUAAUUGGUCUCAUAUGUUAUUUACUAUUUAAUAUAGUAUUCAAUGAACAUCUUUGUGUUGCCUAGAAAGGUCAUUGAUAUUGUGCAUAAGAUUUGCUCAGAAGAUUUGUGGGUUGGGGAUGGGACGAGGGUUGUACAUGGUUUGGGUGGUUCGGGUUUGGUCAUUUUAAUCACCCGAUCCAUAUACUACGGUUUUGAAAAUAUUAAAUCCCAACCCACCCAAAAAAAAUUAAAACCCUAGUUGAAGACAGGUGACUCUAACACUAGUUUUUUUCAUAGAUCUAUGAAAAUUAGGCAGCAGAGAAAUACCAUUCGCUCUCUUCUUGAUGAGAAGGGAGUAAGAGUUACUGAUACACCUUCCAUGAGCUUAGUUAUUGUUUCUUUCUAUCAGAAUCUCCUUGGGAAAUCUAAUCCUCUUGUCAAAGCUGAGUCAGUAGGGUUUUAUCAACAACUCCUGGAGAAGAAACUCUCACAUGAGCAAGUCUCUGAUCUUUAUAGGCCAGUUACAGAUGAAGAAGUGAAAAGUACUAUAUUUGGUUUCAAUGGGGAGAAAGCCCCUGGCCCAUAUGGAUAUUCUGCUUGUUUCUUUCAAGCUUUCUUGAGCAUAGUGGGCUCUGACAUCACAUAUGCCAUUCAACAUUGUUUUGAUUCCUCCGACUUUCCACUCGAGCUAAACUCCACUCUUCUUGCUCUUUUACCAAAGACAAAGAACUCUGAAGAGAUGAAGAAUUUUAGGCCCAUUUCCUGCUGCAAUAUACUCUAUAAAACAUAAAUGCAUUGCUAAAAUAAUCUCCUCUAGGCUGAGUACUUGUUUGCCUCUUGUGAUUAGUGAGAACCAAACUGCGUUUGUGAAGACAGGGUGAUUGGAGAGAAUAUUCUCCUUGCUCAUGAACUUGUCCAGAAGUAUACUAGAAAAAAAAUUUCCUUAAAAGUAUAGUCAAAGUAGAUUUAAUAAAAGCCUUUGACUCAGUGGAUUGGAAUUUCUUAUUUACUGUCCUUGAAGCUAUGGGGUUUCCUAUGGGGUUAAUUAAGUGGAUUUACAUGUGUGUCUGAUGACUCGAUAUUUGCACAUGUUUUCCCCUUUGUUUCUUGAUUGUUUGAGAUUUAAUUAUUGCGUCUUUGGCCUAUUUUACGCUAGGUUGUGUUCCUUUGUCACAUUUCAGGUCCUAGCACAUAAAGUGAAGCAUAGGCGCAAGUUUCAAGUCAAUCAGAGAUCAAUUGGCGAUUAGGGAGAAGAAACUCGGGCAUGACCUGAAGAAGAAUGAAUUUCUACCUCACUUUAUGGACAAAUAAUCAUGCAAGCUUGUCAUGAAAAGAAAGAGGACGAGACUACGAGCGUCUGGGAUCAAACAGCGACUGAUUCGGAGUCCGGACGAGGGAGAAACGAAGCAUUGAAUAUAGGGGAACAGGUUCGGCAGUAAAAACACGGGCGCGCCUAAAUUAAAACACGGCCGUGCCCAUAUUUAGGCACGACCGUGUUUUGCCCGACGAGCGUGGGCGUGUUUUUAACACGGGGCAAAGCACGGGCGGGCAAAACCAAAGCACGGCCGUGCCCUCGACCGUGUUUUGCCCAGAAUCGGGUUUUUUAACCCAAAUUCGAGCCAAAGGAGGGGGAGAGCUGGGUUUUGGAUCCCAAACACCCAAGGGACGAACCAAAGAGAGAAAGGGCGAUCUGAGGGCAUUCUAAGAGUGGAAUUGGAGGAUUUCUUCGCCUUGGAAGCUCGAGGAACAAGCCCGGACUUGAAGACUGAUCAUCUGAAGAUUCUUACUUCAGUCUCUCUCUUCUCUAUGGAGUAACUUCCCUUCACUUAGGUUUUGAGGAACCCUAGAUAUGUUUGUUUGAUUGGAUGAUUGUAUGAGUACUCUGACUUGAUAAUCUUGAUUUCAUAUUCAAUCUAUGCAUGUUUUCAUGAUUCAAUUAUGCUUUAGUCGAGAUUAUUGAUUCUGUUUUGAUCCUAUGAGAGGGAAUACCUGAGUAGGUCAAUAGAGCACCAUAGAUUGAUAGUAGUGGAUCGAUUGCUUUAGUCGAGGGUUGAUUCACUGCUUUGUAUCGAUUGAGAACCUCUUUCGAUAGAGGGAGUCUAGUUCAGAACGCCUUGAUCAGUUGUUCUAGAGAAGGAUACGUCCCUCUAGGCAAUUGACUCAAGAGGGCCUUGUUCCUUUAGUCGAGACUCAAGGUCUAGUCAAGGAUUCUUCGCAUUGUGAAUGAAAUUGAAACAGGUUAGAAAUCAUCAAUCGUUAGUCUGGCUAGUGGCUAGGGGGAAUCAUACCUAAGUGAGUUCCCAACCUGUAAUUAGAUUAACUUUAACUGUAGUUUGCUAGAGUAGUUUUAGUUCUUCCUUAUUAAUCUGGUUUGCUAAAUAAUAAACUGAAGCUGAGUAAUAGUAACUCUAGAGACCCGUGGAUUCGAUAUUUAUCACUUGAGCCACUAUACUGCAGUCCCUUUCAUUGGUUACACUUGGCCUUUGUUAGGAGUUGUGUCGUAGCGAGUCAGUGUCACUACUCCCAAACUUAGUGUGUGUUUCAAUUGGGGAGUGGUGGGGUAUUUCUUUGCAAAGAAAGGGCUUAGGCAAGGGGACCCUAUGUCCCCCUACCUGUUUGCCAUUGCCAUGGAGGUUUUCAGUUGCCUUAUGAGGGAGGCAGCCACGGUAAAGAAACUCAAUUUUCACUCUAUGUGUAAACGUAUAGGGUUAACCCAUCUUAUGUUUGCGGAUUACUUACUCAUAUUCUCUUAUGGGUCAAAUCAUGGGGUUCAAUGUAUUCAUACAGUCCUUGCUAGAUUUAGAGAUCUUUCUGGCCUUGUUUCAAAACCUGCAAAAUGUGAGAUCUUCUAUGGAGGUUCACCUAAGGAAUGGCAGGUCCGUAUGGCUAACAGGGCUGGGUAUAAACUUGGGGAACUCCUUGUGAGAUACUUGGGGGUUCCUUUGAUACCUGACAAGUUAACUAUUAAGGCAUGUCGCCCAUUAAUAGAUAAAAUCACAAACAAAAUUAAAGGUUGGGGUGCUAAAACACUGCGUUAUGCUGGCAAGGUUCAGCUUGUGCUAUCUUUCCUCUAUAGUCUUGCUCAACUUUGGAUGGCUAUCUUCAUUCUCCCCAAAGUUGUUAUCAAGGAGAUUGAGAAAAUGUGUAGUGAUUUCCUCUGGGAUGUUGGUUCAAAUGAUAGAAAGAUGGCAGUUAUGACAGAUUAACUUACCCAAAGAAAGAGGAUGGUCUUGGUCUAAGGGACCUUAAGAGCUGGAAUUUUGCCUGCAUUGUCAGACAUAUAUGGGACCUGCUAUUGUCUUCCCCAGAAACUCACCAACAUCUUUUUUCUGCCUGUGUGCAUUACAAGGAGCUUUUUAUUAGCAUGUUUAGUAAACACACUAGCAGAUCACCUUCUUCAGACUGGUCUAUGAAAGUUCAGUGGGCUAUUUCUCAAUUUUCUGGCUCCUCCCCCAUCUCGACAACAGGGAGGGUCAUUUGGCAAGCAAUGAUCAGCUCUAUAUGGAGGGACAGGUGCACUGCCAGACACAGUAACAGGAAAUGAAACUGCAGAGGUGGUGCUUCAGAUUAAGAAAAACACCACUAUUGUUUGUGGAGCAGAUACUGCAAGUCACUUCUUUUAACUACUCUUUUGGUUCUAUAAAUAUGUAUUAGUUUACAUGUUCAAUUUCCCUGUGGUGAGGGUUGUUCACCACAACAGUACCUGUUUUUUAUGAUAUAUAUACCACAUCCAUUCAUAGAAAAUAAAAUUAAAACCCUAGGGUUUGCUUAUAAUUCAGUUGAGUCGGGUUGGAGAUACUUUUAAUUAAAAACCCAACCAACACAAAAGGCAAUUAUUCAACAAUACAAAAAUAUUAUAUAAUUUUUAAAUUUUUAAACAAAGAAAUAAGGCAAAAAGUAUCCCUAUGCCAAGAUACAAGAUUAAAUUGGUGUGGGAAGAGCUUAGAACUAGAGGUGGAGUAUUACCUGUAGACACCACAUUUUGUCCGGGAUAAUUGAUUUAUUGAAAAUAAUUAUUCUAACAUCGUACUACGAUUAUAUUUAAAAGGGAAGUUGAAGAUAGUUUGGUUGAGACUAGCAGUUGCAAGUCAAUAUGAACCAACAAUUAUCAAAUUUGCUCCUAGUCGAUUCUAGGGCAUAGUUAGUUAAGAUGGGAUCAGUUUAAGUUAAGAUUAGAAGGGAGAAAUGACUAUAGUGCAAAUUUGGUUGCUCGAGUUUGGAUUUGGAUUCGGUAUUGGUAAUGGAACAAAUUGAAUGGCGGAAUGAGCUUUAUUAUCAAAAUUUCAAAGUUGAUACAUCGUACAACUAGGGUACUCUGAAUAAAGCAAGAAUUAAAUGACUAAUGCUAACUCUACAAAAUUUGGGCCAUGCAAUUUGAUUUGUACAUAUAUAAUUACAAAAAGAGAAACACUUGGGCCUUGAGGCAAGAAUCUGGUCCACUGGCCCAGCUUUUUCAAUCAACGAAGCCCAGAUACCUGAAAAAAUGAGAAGAGACCAUUUAGUCCAAUUACAGAUCUGAUUAAGCCCAAGCCCAAGUCGGCCCAAACCCAAAGCCCAAUUCAACCUAACCAGUUCGGUCCGAAAAGAAUAACCACAAUCCGACCCAGACCAAUUUGGUCUAACCAAAUCCUAUCUACAAUCGACCAGGCACACUCUUCAAAGUCAUAUUAAAAAAUUGGACGAAUCAAAUAGUGACAAGUGGCGGUUUGGUUUGCUAUAAAUGAGCUCUUCAGGCUCUUUGUUUUGAGAGGACGGAUUGGAGGAAGAAAAAGACAGAAAAAAUAGAAAGAUACACAUUGCAAAGAGAUCGUUUUGUUCUUGCCCUUAGCCGAAGUUCAGUGGGGAGACUGUGAAAUUGAAGAAGCAGAUUUGAAGAUCGUUGUACGGAAAGGCCAUUCUUAGGCCUUGUUCCAGGUUGGUACUUGUAUCAACUUCAUUUUAUCAAAUUUAUACAAUCGUUAUGAUUGUUAUACAAUCAUCCAUCUAUUUGCAUAUUUAUACUCUUUGAGUAUUUUCCAAUACAAGCUAUGUGAUGGU